AACUAGUAAAAUUACUCAAGUCAUUACAGGAAGAGCAUUUUACUGGCAUAGAAAAGUUUAAAUAUAAUUGUGCAACAUGGAUCGCACAAUGAUUGCGCCCUGGAAAGCAGAGGAAAAAGAGCAAAGUGAAAAAUUGCAUAAAAAGCUUCAGGGCCUGUCUUUGUUGUAUACGAUGAGCGACGAGAUGCUCAAAGUCUUCACCUGGGACAUGUUUCUUAAGCCCAACCAAACAGCCUUCUUUCAAGUGAUGCAUUAUCUGUUUCGCAUUCUCGACCCGCCUGAGUUUAAACGGCGUUUCUUUUGGCCUAUUACGGACAAGAAAUCGGAAGCGAACUUUCGUUCCAGCACAGUGGAGUACCUAAAGCACUUGAAUGAAAAACAUAAGCUGCAGUGGACUAAUAUUAAAUCCUACCUGGUUGUUAUGCCGGGUGGUAUGAAAUUUAUAAAUUUUGUGCUUGACUUGGUGACCUUUGUAGUGCAGGAGCUAACGAAGCAACGUGAAAAGGUUUUAUUGGCCGAAGGAUACGAUCUUGCAGGUCUGCGUAACCUGAGCGUGAAGCAGAUGCAUGAACAAAGCUCCUUCAUGAAAGAAUACGCAUCAGCCUACAUAGAGCAAUUGGAACAACAUUCAGCAAUAUUGCGUGAAGGAAAAAACAAGAUAAGUCAAAAAUAUAAUGAAAUUGGAGCAGCAACAGGAAUUGAGGUUUCAACACUGCUGGAUGAUCAAUUUAUAGAUGCGUUGGCGGCGCAUAAUCGUAUGUUAUGUGAGGAAAAGAUAACAGCGCCGGCAGCUAGAUAUGCUUUACUGGAGGCGCCCCUAACGGCGCUGGCAGAGGCCAUGGAACAAUUCCAAGCAAAGCGCCUAGAGCACAAGCACUCUAACGAAGCUGCGGAUAAGACGCUGCAAGGCAUGCAAAAGUUGUUCAAUGUUGAUGUUGCACCAAGCUCUGGCAAUAGCAACACCGUUAGAAUAAAUGCGAUGCUUAACGUUUUUAACAACAUAAGCGAAGCUGUAGCGGAGCAAUUGGAUGCCAACGAUCAUCAUACUGAGUCCAAUGAGUUCAUUACUGCAGAUUUGAAGGAUAUACACACUGCACUGCAGCAGCUGGAGCAGCAAGUAAAUGGCUUGGUGAAGAAUUUAAAUACUCGCGCCAAGGGACACAGCAGUAACAUAAGCGGCAAUGCAACAAGUUCAGACAUGUUAACGCCAAAUACACCGCUGCGCGCAUUGGAUAAUAUUAAUAAUACGCUGCUAAUGAAAUUUGUUUCUACACCACCUAUUAAGCCUGAAAUGUUGAGCGCGGUCAGUGGUGGACAAGUGCGUUUGCCACUGCAGGAUGAUUUCACAGCCAAGCAGUUUGAGAAUUUGCUGGCUCCACGUUCAGCACGCAAGCCCAAGCCACAGCAACUGCAGCUGGAGCACGACACAGAUCUGAAUAAUACUUUGAAUCGCUCGAAAAGAAUUGAUCCCAUGCAGCUGCUGCGCACUAUAAACAAAAAGUCGACAAAAACAAAGGAAUCGUCACAAAUGAAUCUCAGCAGUUUGGGCAGCAAAUGGAAAAAAAUGCAGGCAACGUUCGGUUUGGAUGAGCAGCCACCAGCUGUGCCAACAACGCCGCAAGCCGAAGCUGCCAAGACACCGCUUAGUUGCAGUGAUUGCACACUUGUGGAACGCUUGCCAGCUGAUUCUAGUGGUAACUCAUUGAUCGCCAAGAAGAGCACUGCAAUGUUGAAAGUCUUGGAUGCCUCGCUUAAUGUGCAAAAUCUAAGCACUUCACCCUCGGGACGAUUAGACGCGCUAGUGGCUCGGGGAAGUCCGGCUACACCUCGUUUGCUGAUCAAUGAUCAAACAUUUGAUGAUUCACAAGUGCUGCAGAGCAGCAGGGAAAACGCUGAUGAUGAUCUUUUAACCAAGCUCAGCAAAAAAUUUGAGCUGGAUUUCAAACUAGACAACGAUGAUGAGCUGCAAAAUAUAAGCGAUAGCGUUUUAAACGAUAUUUCCAUAUAGUCUUUUAUGUUUGUCAAUUAUAUUGUAAAAAUUAUUAACAAUUUA